AUGCCCCAAAGGCAUGCCCAUGCCUCUGUGCCUGAACCUACUGCGGAUAGAUCAAGAUCGCGACUGCAAAUCAAAAAAAAUGUUUUUGGGAAAACGGUAGAAGUGGAAAGAGAAAAUGACCGUUAUGUGGGAGAUAUUGAAGAAAGAAAGAAGAGAAAGAGUGUCGACAUCCUUGCUUUGAGUUUACUUUUAUAUGUUGCUUUAAUCAGUGGCUUUUCUUUUACGUAUUUCUUACAUCGCUGGUUAGCUCAAAAUCAAAUCGUGAAUUGA